AUGCCUUCUUUUUUUAUGUACAAGCAUAUGUCAGAGUGCAGUACCCCUCCUUGGAUCGGCAAAAUGACGUGCCGUGACCGAACCCUUGAGUUUCAGUCGGCCUGUAAAUCGCUCCAAGGCAGACAGAAUGGAGUCCAGCCCAGUAAACCUGCUCUUACGGCCCUCAAACAGCGCAGUGACUUCACGCUUAUGGCAAAGAGAAUUGGAAAAGACUUGAGUAAUACAUUUGCCAAAUUGGAAAAACUCACCUUUUUGGCAAAACGAAAAUCUCUGUUUGACGACAAAGCAGUUGAGAUCGAAGAAUUAACAUACAUUAUUAAACAAGACAUCAACAGCUUGAAUAAACAGAUCGCUCAGCUGCAGGACUUGGUGCGAUCUCGGGCAGCCCCCGGAGGUCGACACAUCCAAACACACUCCAAUACAAUUGUGGUGUCGUUACAGUCCAAACUUGCAUCAAUGUCUAACGACUUCAAAUCGGUGCUCGAGGUCAGAACAGAGAAUCUGAAGCAGCAGCGCAGCAGGAGGGAGCAGUUCUCUCAGCCCCCGACCGCCUCCUCUCCUCUGAUGACCAACAACUUCAGGAGCCGCAAAAAAGGGGCCCAGGAGCCGCAUGCCGCUCGCGAGCCGCGCUAUGACUACCAGGGCUUUACCACUUCAAAAGAGAGCUCAGUCCUGAUGCAGGAUGAGUCCAGAAGUCUCGGGGAUGUUGCCAUAGAUAUGGACUCGCAAGCCAACCCCCUGCAGCUGCAGCUCAUCGAUGAGCAGGACUCGUACAUCCAAAGCCGCGCUGACACCAUGCAGAACAUCGAGAGCACAAUUGUGGAGCUGGGCUCUAUAUUUCAGCAGCUCGCACACAUGGUCAAAGAACAGGAGGAGACCAUCCAGAGGAUCGAUGCAAACGUGGAGGACACGCAGCUGAACGUGGAGGCGGCGCACACGGAGAUCCUGAAAUACUUCCAGUCCGUUUCCUCCAACCGCUGGCUCAUGAUCAAGAUCUUUCUGGUCCUCAUCGUCUUCUUCAUAAUUUUUGUUGUCUUUUUUGCUUAG